AUGGCCUACAUCGAAGCAUUGCUAACAUUCAUACCUGAAGCAGCGACAGUAUUUGAUCAGCGAGGUCUCCAGCAGCACUUGAAGGCACUCAUUGGCCGUCUCUCAUCUCUUGGGUACCUUCAAGAUACCGAGGAUAGACUGCUCGCCAGCUCCAGGCGCGCGCUCGUAUCCACUGCCAACGCGAAGAUGUUAGCCAUGAUUCAAGAUUACUCAGCUAUCGAGGUGACGUGCGAAGACAAGCUGGACCAGGCGCUGCUGUCUGAUCGACUAUUACCCUACCUCGCAUCGUUCACUUCCGCCACGUUCUCCAGCGAAGCCGCGUACAAUUCUCACCUCCCCGCUCUCCCAAUAAUCAAAUCAUUCACUAGACAGCCCGGUCCGUUCUGGCUACACUGGGUCCUCACCUCGUCCCCCCACUCCUUCAUAUCUGCCGUCAACAUGCGGCAGUGGCUGUGGACGGCGAUCGCAGAGAAAGAUCUCGUGCGCCGGGCGCUGAUGCUCCGCAUCAUCAACAGCGUCCUCGGGAGCAUCGGCCGGGACGACAUGUCCGUCGGCGCCAGCCCCUGGAUCUGGGAGAGUGUGUGGCUGCCGGUAUGCGAGGUCGUUCUGGCCAGAGCUGGUAACACGGAGUACGUAUACCGUACAAUUUCUGAAGGGACGGCAUGCGCUGAUCUCUCGAUGAGUGGUGGUCAGAAGAGGCGACGUCGUAUGCGGCUUCGGGAUGCGCUGGACCUGCAGCUCGGCACCAUGAGGACCCCGUGCUCAUUGACAGUUACGCUGGAGAGGCAACUGCUGAACCUAGCGAACAAGGCCGAAUCGGUGCGGCCACCUGCUCCCCUCCCCGGCAUAUUCGACACUGUCCGAUCCCCGGUAUAUCGCGUCUUUGCGCGAUUCCUGUACGAACGGCGUGUCAUCGCGCUCGGAGCAAGGGAGUACUGUCCACUCGGGUUCCCGGCGAAGGGACUGUGUGAGAGGGUUACCGGACUGCUUACAGGGUUUGAGGACGUGCCAGAGGAGGUGCUUGUCAUAUGUCGCAAGGACAAAGACUAUUACGAAGCACUACUCGGGUCACUUCGUCACGCAAGACACGGCUUAUCGGGACGGGAGUUUGAUCGUGUUUCCAAGGUUUUGGACAGACUUGCCUCUUCCCGCUAUGAACCCAGCGUUGUGAAGCUGCAACUGGAAUCCAAAAUCCAGGAUGCUGCCCACGGAUAUCCGAACGACGAAGGCAGAACACAUAUUGGUUCGCGCUUCUACCGUAGUGUGCAAACUCGAGCCGUCGGGUUCUACCCCAGAUUAGUACGCCGGUACGAGUAG